GAUAUAUUCUAUGUGGCAGGCCUAUUCUAUUGAUGAGCAUGAGGGGUAUCUAGUGCUUGAUUCUGUUUCGAUAAUCUAGUUUGUAGUUCUUUAGUUGCUUGUUGUUGACAUAAGAAUGUUUUGGAGUAUGGUGUAGUUGAUCAUGUACUAGUUCUUCUACUAGAACUGUGGUUCUUCUUAUGUGCAUGUGCAUAAAGCGCGGACUACGUUUAUCUUCAAUCCCGCCAGACGACGAAGGGAUCUUCUUUUUUCAAUAAAAGAAGAGGAAACCCCUCUGUGAUUUCGAUUUGUGUUGCUUGUGAUUUUUACACUCAACUAUUGUCCAGAUCAUAGCUUUAGCUUUCGCAGCUUUUAUAGCUACUUCAGUCCUUACUUAGUAGACUGUGCGUGUGCAGCAGUUGUUUUGUGAUCAUCAAUAAGACGCAAACAAAGAUUGCGUUUUCGAUUUUGUUAUAUGGGACUUAGUACACUGGUCUCAGAUUUCAUUUUCGGCAUUACAAGAACAGAGUAUAUCUUUUAUCAUCAACAACAGGGACUACGACUAUCAAUGCAAGCAACAAGAAGGUAAAACUCGAACCUCACGUCUUUCUUAUUAUUAUUUUGAAUGAACAAAGAACCAUAGCAAAAAUGAGUAUAGGUGCGGAUCAAGGUGUAGAGGCACAGACGCCUCCUUUCGUUGAGGCACAAAAGCCUCCUGUGCAGUUAGUCGGGAUGAAUCCUGCAGAACCUGAGGCAUCUUCAAGCGACGGCGCGCUUCGUGAAAGUGGACAAGAGGGUAAGGUUGCUAUUUACGACUGGUGCGACAGCGGUCUUCAGCGAUACUUUGAGGCAAUGGGUCGCUACAUAGCGAAAUAUCCAUGGAGGCUCAUCGCGGGAACGUUCUUUUAUGGCCGAAAUGAUUUUUCGUCAUGGUGUAAGUACUUACAACGAAAUGAUUAUCAAGAUCGCGUUGUUGUUGUAAUUGAAACGACAACUCAAACUCAUAUCCAGGUACUUACUUACUUACUUACUUGGAUCUGCAGGACAUAUACUUAUAGUCCAGAUACUUGCUUCCUCGCUUACUUGCUUACUUACUUUCUUUCUUACUUUCUUUCUUACUUUCUUUCUUACUUUCUCACUUGCUUACUUACUUACUUACUCUCUUUCUUACUUGCUUACUUGCUUACUUGGAUCAGGAGGCUCAGGACAUCAUCUUGCUCACCCUCGUCUUGCUUUUCUAAUUCCCCAUCGCCAUCGCCCUCGCCGCCGGUCAGGCAGUCGCGGAGAGCGAAGAACGUCCAGAACGACUCUGGAUCCCGGAUGACGCUCAAGCCCUUGACGACGUCGAUUGGGUUGACGCUCAAUGGCCAGGCUUAACCCGAAACAACUUCGCUCUUACUCGGUGCAAAGGCUGCAACAUGUUGACCAAAAGCAAUCUGGACUUGCUUUGGCGCAAAUACUACCAAAUCUACCGAGUCGAAGUUAUUGGAGAUCAGAUCGUUUCCGGGUAUACGAGCAAGUACGACGGACAAAGUGGUCCGUGGACGAAAUAUGCGGGAUACCAAUACGUUUACGACUUUACUGCUGAGAAACCGGACACUGCGACAAGAAACCGCCAAUGCAAGGUGAACAGUGGUGCUUGCGUGCGUCGCGACGUCUUCGCCUUACUUUUAAGGCGGUAGCAGUAGCUAAUUCGCCCUUGCCUGCAUCCUUGAAAUUGAAAAGUAUGGGGGAGCAUCACAAGGGAAUACUCUGCCAACAUAUUUUUCAAGGAUGCACUUGAAAGAUGAACUUUGGACAGCCCUAAUGCUUGGAGCUGACUACUCGAACGUUGACUGGUUCAAUACGCAGACCGAUGCAAGCAUUUUGAAUAUUACGGCUCAAUUCAAAGUCAGUGUUAGUCUGGUAGAUGUAAGUUAGUAGAGUGAGACCUGAUUCGACCUGAAGCACUGGUCGUGGGGCUCUUACUUCAAUCAGAGAAGAAAUUUCGAUGUACCAAAUUCUAUACCUCUCUAACUUUCCCCUGAACACCCACUCAGAACAGAACCGUGUCUCGGCAGUCCUUGGAGGCGUCUCCAGAGAUGCUGGCGGUCUUAUUACAGCGGCCGAAGUCGUCAGUGGAUCAUGGGAAUUGAAGAUGGAAGCAUUCUUCGAUGAAAAGUUAUCGGUCGUGAACUAACUUGCUAAUGAGUCUAACUAUCAGGAAAUUGAUCUUGUAUUUGUAACUACCACCCCGUUGUAGUAUAAGUGAACCAGUAGGACGAGCAGUAGGACUACCAUGUUCAUGUACUAUUAUUUUGAUAUAAAGAGAUUUUAUUUUUAACUCCAUGCAUAUCCAUAAUCUUCACAGUCCUCUGUCAUCCUUUCCUUCUAACCCUCGACGGCAACCGCCGUAAGUUCCCAGUCGCCGAAUUGUGGGAGCGCGAUGCCAUGUGCAUUUUGGGACAGGACAGUCUGGAAGACCGGGAUAAAUUUUACGGCUUGCCGUUGUGUAGUUCAGCUCUCUUAACUGGCAUCCAUCUAUAGUUUGACACGUUUUCAAGGGGACGAAAACAAAACACGUCAAGGAAGAUCUUGACUUCCGCGUCGAUCGAUGAAUUUGAAUAUUUAUCGGUAAGUAGGAGGUCUAAAAGUUGAAGCCCGAGACGAGUUGUAGUGGCAACAAACUGCCGGGUCCGCUCGAGACGCGGGUUUACUUCGGCAGAAGUCUCAGUGACGAGUUUUCUCGUACGAUUGGGGGAGACCAGGCAUUGAUUGGAGUUGCCGUGAUGCUGAUUGUCAUCUACCUUGUUUGCAUGCUCGGCAAGCGCGACAGCGUUCACAGCAUGACAGCUUUGGCCUUCGGCAGUGUUCUGAGCGUCCUGUUGGCUUGCUCUGCUGGUUUGGGCUUAGCCUAUUAUUGCGGCGUCAAGGACACGGUUUUGCGUUUCAACAUCUACUUUUUGAUUCUCGGUCUGGGAGUGGACGACGCUUUCGUACUGGUCGCAGAGUUCAACCGCGUGAUGAAGAGACAUCCGCAUUAUACAGACGAAGAGAAGAUUGCUUCGGUGGUGAAAUACGGAGGCAUGUCGAUUUUAGUGACGAGUUUGACCGAUGCAGUUGCGUUUUUCAUCGGUGCAACGAGUUCAGUGCCGGCUUUGCGCUAUUUUUGCUUCUAUGCGGCUUUUUCCGUGACCUUUUGCUUCAUCUUCCAACUAACAUUGUUCCUUCCAUGUCUAGUGAUCAAUAUGCGCAGGACACAGGCGAACCGUGUCGACUGUCUCUGCUGUAUCACGGCAAAAGAACCGCACGACUACUACAACCCGACUGGCUUUUGCGGGAAUCAGGUACUACUUACUCUUGUUGAAAAAUGCUUUGAAUUUUCCUGCCAGAACUUCUUACAAUGAAUCGUCCUCGUUCUUCCAACUAAGUAGCGCUUCAUUAUAAACUAAAACUAAAAGCAUCCUUCGCCUUCCUCUCUCUCUUUCUAACGUCUUCGCCCAUCGACGACCACAGGUUCCCGGCUGCAGGAGCGAACCCGUACUCCCCAAGAUCGUCGAUUCCAGUAUUCGCACUCUGAUUAAGGAAACCAGGUAGAGAGCAUCCUCAGCAUCUUCAUCCUAUUGGCCCUUUUUCUAUUUGAAAAACGGGUCUUCAAAGAUGCUGCAUUCAGGGAUGCGACCGCGGGGGUAGCUCUAAUCUGAUGACCACUGGUGGAAAGGCUUUUGCUUUGACUGCGUUUUUGGCACUUCUCUGCGCCUCAGCCGUCGGCUUGGCUAACCAGAAAGCCGAUUUUCAGCUGGAGUGGUUCUUUCCGGCAGACUCCUAUGUCGUGGACUAUUUUGACUGGUCCAACACGUAUUUCGCCCAGGGAACCAGGGCUGCGGUUUACAUCCGCAAUCCACAGGGCAUGAGCGAGGCUGCGUUGAAAACCUGCGCAGUCGAUCUGGAGAACUACAUGCAGAGCAGCAAGUACUUUGACCAGAAUCAGAUGCGACCUUCAUGGGUGAAAUCGUUGACGGACUACGUCAACGCCGACAACUCAAGGUCUAUCGACAACUUCUAUGUGCAACUAAAAGCGUGGGAGGCAACGGUCCCGGGAGUACCUGGAACUGAAGUCCGUUGGGUGUCGGACGCAGAUCCAUCUCAGGGCAUAUCGGCAAUCAAGAUCAGCAAUGGCGUGUUGAGGAAAAGAUACAUCGAUGACGGUACUUCGUUCUUCACAACUUGUUUUUAUUUAUUUUGCAUCUUCGUUCAUCAAGAGCACCAUGAUCUCGGUCUCUUUAUACAGUUUUUUCAUUGAGGACUGAAGGACAGUUGUUAUGAAGAUUCAUCAUCCUCCAUCCGCAGUAACAAUUUCUUUUAAGUAUGUGAUCUGCCCAUCGUUAGCGAUAGUACAACCUGUUCCUUCACAAACUACACCAAGGUGUCGACCGUUGGAACACCAUGGAGGCUUUGCGAAGCGAAGUGGAAAAUGUCUGUGGCAAUGCUUUCCCAUUCAGCUUCGAGUUUCUCUGGUGGGAAGAGGUCGGGUACACUGGGCCGGAGUUUGUCCGUAAUGCACUCAUUUGCUCCGUCUGUAUUCUGCUCAUCGUCUUCGCCAUGAUCCCGACUAUCCGCGUUAACAUUCCAGUCAUUAUCUCCAUUGUGAGCACGAUUCUCAAUGUGGUGGGCUUCUAUCACUGGUACGGGGAACCGAUCAACGGCGUGAUCUCGAUUUACACGGUGAUUUGCAUCGGUUUGGCGGUGGAUUACUCAGCGCAUAUUGGGCAUAUGUUCAGACAUAGCAAGGAAACGACGGGCAACACAAAAGCGGUGGAUGCAAUGGACCGAAUUGGAAUUUCGGUUUUCAACUUAUGAAGGGCUUUUGAUCUAUUUCUAAUUCUAUACCCCACGAUUGGGUAAACUACUACUACCUCUUAGCUCAUACUUCUACUUUCCAAGAUUUUCAUGACUUUGACUGCAGUGUAACCAACCUUCUCCACCCGUUUAGGGACUUUAAACACAAACAACACCAAAAAGGAAAAAAUGCCCUCACGCUGCACUCGUCUCUGUCCUGUAAAAAGGAUUCUUUUCAUCUCGUGCAAAAUAAGAUUCUUGACUAUCUAAGGAGCAAAGUAAGCCUAUUUCUUUACCCCACGAUUGGGUAAACUACUACUACCACUAUUGUUCACCUUUUUCGGGAAAAAUACAGGAGGUUCACGACCAAGCAAGUAAAAAUCACUUGUUGUCCAUCAUUUACCUCUUGGUUCAUUUGAUUUGAUAACUACAGGGGUAACACCUCUCCAGAGGAGGUACUGCGCCACUGGAUGGCCUCACAGGUAGACACGUACUAUAGCUACACAAGAGGUGCCAUGACAUGACAUGACGGCAUCACAAACACGACAAAGAACAAACUCAACAUUCACCUCCUUUUCACCCUGCUCAUCACCCCUCUAAUACCCGCGUUGAUGUCAACGCUGCUUGCGGUAAUGGUCCUCAGCGGAUCCAGCAGUUACGUCUUCAGCGUCUUCUUCAAAGUUUUGGUAUUGGUGGUGGUCUUCGGCUUCUUCAACGCCCUCAUCGUACUCCCCGUUCUGCUGAGUAUCUUCAACGGCGGUGCUUGUGAGAAUGGCAUCAUGCCAGUAACGGAUGACAACGUUGUUACGGAAAAGCCAAAAGAAGCGUUUGAGCUGGAAGCAGUAAAAGGAUAA